CCCAAACGACUCCAACUCCCCCCUCCCCCAUCAGCAGCUCCGCCCCGCCCCGCCCCGCCCGCGUUUCCACCACCCAAAAAAUAGAGAGGCACGAGGGAAAGAAGAGAUUCAACUAUUUAUAAGCAAAGAAUCCAAUCCGCAAUUAACUACGCGCCUGCUGCCAGAUUUGGGGCUCCUCCCCGUAAACCCCGGGAGGAUUUACCGCCGGCCGCGGCGGCGUCGACCGGCCAAUGGCGUGGUGGGGGUCCUCCAGGGUGGCGGCGUGCGGGCCGUGGGGCGGGGGUGCGGCGCUGGAGAGGGAGCUGUCGCGGGAUGGCAGCCACUACAGCAUCUCCAGCGGCAUCCUGCCGUCGCUUGGCGCGCGGAGCAACCGCCGAGUCAAGCUCCGGCCCUUCAUCGUCUCCCCCUACGACCGCCGAUACAGAUUCUGGGAGACUUUUCUCAUAAUUCUUGUCGUCUACUCUGCGUGGGUUUCCCCCUUUGAAUUUGGCUUCAUUCGGAAACCAGAGGGCGCGCUUGCUAUAGUGGACAAUGUCGUGAAUGCAUUCUUCGCAAUUGAUAUCAUCCUGACCUUCUUUGUAGCCUACUUGGAUAGAACAACAUAUUUGCUUGAAGAUGAUCCAAAGAGGAUAGCUUGGCGGUAUACUACUAGUUGGCUUGUUCUUGAUGUGGCCUCUACCAUCCCAACAGAAUUUGCUCGGAAGAUACUACCUCCAAACCUCAGGUCGUAUGGAUUCUUCAACAUGCUGCGUCUAUGGCGUCUCCGUAGAGUCAGCUCUCUCUUUGCUCGAUUGGAGAAAGAUAGACACUUCAAUUACUUUUGGGUUCGUUGUGCAAAGCUCAUCUGUGUCACACUUUUUGCUGUCCACUGUUCGGCAUGCUUCUACUAUCUUCUUGCUGAUAGGUAUCCUGACCCAACGGAUACGUGGAUUGGUAAUUCGAUGCCAGAUUUUCAUCAGCGGAGCUUAUGGAUUCGCUAUGUAACAUCAAUGUAUUGGUCAAUCACCACUCUUACCACUGUGGGUUAUGGUGAUUUGCACGCGGAAAACACAAGGGAAAUGAUUUUCAACAUUUUCUACAUGCUAUUCAACCUUGGAUUGACUGCUUAUUUGAUCGGAAACAUGACCAAUCUAGUUGUCCAUGGCACCAGCCGUACUCGAAAAUAUAGAGAUACAAUUCAAGCAGCAACCAGCUUUUCACUAAGGAAUCAGCUACCACAUCGGCUGCAAGAUCAGAUGAUCUCACAUCUUAGUUUGAAGUUCAGGACAGAUUCAGAAGGUCUUCAACAACAAGAGACCCUUGAUGCGCUGCCUAAGGCUAUUAGAUCCAGCAUUUCUCAGUAUCUGUUUUUUAAUCUGGUUCAAAAGGUUUACUUGUUUGAAGGGGUGUCAAAUGACCUGAUUUUUCAGCUGGUUUCUGAGAUGAAAGCUGAAUAUUUUCCACCUAGGGAAGAUGUGAUUUUGCAGAAUGAAGCACCCACUGACUUCUACAUUUUAGUUUCUGGUAGCGCGGAGUUAGUAGAGCUGCAAAAUGGUGCGGAACAGGUGGUUGGAGUGGCUAAAUCAGGAGAUGUUGUUGGAGAAAUUGGGGUUCUUUGCUAUAGGCCUCAACUAUUCACAGUUCGAACGAAAUCCUUAUGCCAGCUUCUGCGUAUGAAUCGUACUGUCUUUCUCAGCAUUGUUCAAUCCAAUGUUGGAGAUGGAACGAUAAUAAUGAACAACCUUAUUCAGUUACUAAAAGAGCAGAAAGAAAACAGUGUGAUGAUAGGUGUUCUGAAGGAGAUCGAGAACAUGCUAGCAAGGGGUCGUCUGGAUUUGCCAAUUACCCUUUGUUUUGCAGUAACUAGGGGAGAUGACCUUUUGUUGCAUCAACUUCUUAAGCGUGGUUUGGAUCCAAACGAAUCAGAUAACAAUGGGCAUACAGCACUGCAUAUAGCUGCUUCCAAAGGAAAUGAGCAAUGUGUCAGGCAUCUGUUAGACUAUGGAGCUGAUCCAAAUGCCAGGGACUCUGAAGGAAAGGUUCCACUAUGGGAGGCUCUGUGCGAAAAGCAUGAUGAAGUUGUGCAGUUGUUAGUCGAGAGUGGUGCAGAUCUAUCGUCUGGAGACGCGGCCUUAUUUGCUUGUAUCGCUGUUGAAGAAAAUAACAGUGAACUGCUUAAGGACAUUAUCCGUUAUGGUGGCGACAUAAACAAAUCAUUGAAAGAUGGAACCACUCCGCUUCACCGAGCUGUCUGUGAUGGAAACGUUCAGAUGGUUGAGUUCUUGCUGGAACACGGAGCUGACAUUGACAAACAGAGCAACAAUGGCUGGACGCCGCGAGCGCUAGCUGAGCAACAAGGCCAUGACGACAUACGACUCCUUUUCAAAUCACGGGCUGCACCAAGUCAGCGCAUCUCGAGUAGCAAGGUGGCACCUAUGUUGAUAGGGAGGUUCAACAGUGAACCCUCAAUGCAAACUAUGGGCCAUGAAGAUGCCGAAGUACGUAGCAAAGUUCUUCCACAGAAGCUCCUUAGAAAGAGGGUCAGUUUCCAGAACUCCCUUUUCGGUGUCAUUUCUUCAUCUCAUGCACACCGGGACACUGGCCGUCUACUCUCGAGAGGUCUUGCAGCAACAGGUGGUCCGAACUGCCAUCACAACUCACUCAUCAGGGUGACAAUCAGCUGCCCCGAGAAGGGGAACACUGCUGGGAAGCUUGUGCUCCUACCGCGGUCAAUGAAGGAGCUCCUUGAACUAGGCGCAAAGAAGUUCGACUUCACGCCUACCAAGGUCCUGACAAUUGAGGGUGCUGAGGUUGAUGAGGUGGAACUUAUCAGAGAUGGUGAUCAUCUUGUUCUCGUCAGUAAUGACCGGGUGCCAGAUGUUGCGCAAAUAAGACUUCAAAAUAAGUGAGAGAAAUGUGUUUUCAUACUGCAGUUUCACAGUAGGGGAAGAUAUGCCCGUGUGACACAAGCAGAUGAUUGGCAAGUAAUGAUUGCAUAUCACCAAUGAAGUUCUUCCACAACGAUGGCGAGAUUGUGUAUGCGCACCUUGUGAAUAAUUGCACAAUCAUGAUCAUUUUGAAGUUAUAGGAUGUAUCCAGCUUGGAAAUUGUAGUCUGCUGGUCUAAUAGAGUUCUAUAGUUACGUCCUCUUCUUUCAAGAAAAGGGGUCAAGAAAAUGUAAUUAGUGUUAUCCAGCUUGUGGUUGUGUUCUGUUCUCCAUGAUUUUUCUCUCUUUGAGAUCAACCUUUCUCUGGAACUAACAGUGCUGACAAGUAAAUAUGAGGCAUUUUAUUUUUGAGGAA